AUGCUUGGACUGAGCAUGGUGCAAUUGUUGGUGCAACAACCUACCACAUACCUGGCUCAUUUGAUCGUCCGCCUCAGCAAUCCAGCAGAGAAACUCAACACACAGUAUAAAACUUGGGAAUUCCAGCUUUACAUUUUCGGCCUUGCACCUGCGCUCUUGCAUACCAUUCUUCCACAAGACAUAUGGCUAAAUUUCUGCAAGCUCGUACGAGGGAUUCGCAUUGUCUGUCAGCACAGUAUCUCACAAAACGAGCUUCGAGAGGCUCAAUUGCUACUUGGCGAGUGGGAAACUGAAUUCGAGCAGUUGUAUUACCAGCGUCGUCAUGAUCACAUUCAUUUUAUCCGACCAUGUGUACACCAGGUCAAUCAUCUCAUCCGCGAAACCAUACGAAAGGCCCUCCAGUGUGUUAUGCACAGUGGACGAUGGAACGGACCAUUGGCAACCUUGGAUCAACAAAUUCGACAGCCUUCAAACCCAUACGCAAACCUUUCAAUGGAGGCUGUCCGACGAUGCCAAGCAAAUGCACUCAAGUCCAUACUGCCAUUCUUAGCUCCCCCUGACAAUGUUCUUCCACGUGGACAUCAAGAACUCGGCAAUGGGUAUGUCCUCCUCCGAAUAAGGGAAAAGCGACCAUAUCGUCCACCAGCAAUUCAUGUAGCCCUCCUCGAAGAUUUUGUCCAUGCACCACUCCCCCAAAUGCAUCGUUGGGCUCGACUCCGACUUCCAUGUGGUCAAAUUGCAUGCACUGCCUGGCGUGAAUCAGAACGGCCACUUGAAAAAUUGCGCAUUGCACGUCACAUCAAAGUUAUUAUUGAUGGGACUGUCCGCUUCGCAGAAGUCCAGUACUUCACACAGGUUGCAAUUGCUACGGAGAAUAUUGGUGAAUGGCGUGAUGCAAAUAUUGCUGUAAUCUCAGUCUUCUCCGCUCCAGAUGCUGACCUUGUUCAGCUUUCAAAUCAAACUGUGCUUUCAUGCAAAUACCUUGGCAAUGAAGGACUCUGUGUUGUUGAUGUCACCUCUAUCAAAUCUGUUGUCUCAAUGAUUCCUGCACCGUCCUACUCUACCAUCUGGAGUCAUCGAGGAUCGCUUUUUUGUUCUUGA